AUGACUCGCGCUGAAGUCGCUCCCCACUCUGUCGCUGAACUGCAGCGCGACCGACAAUCACAUUCUCUUCCUGGCUCCUCUGCAGGUCCCAAUAAAGGCGGCGCACGAGCUCUCGAUGGCGCCGCCGCCCUCGGCUCCGAGAUCGGCGCUGAGCGAGACGCUCGCCGAGAGAUCGCCCAAGCUCAACGUGAAGGUGACAAUAUCUCCGGACCCACCAACCCCAACGCCUCGGCCGCCAGCCUAGGUUUCGGUCAACUCAACGGCGCCGAACAGGGAAUCUCCACUCCUGGCCAGGAAAAGCGAGACGCAAUGCAGUCGGAGAGGAACCAGGAGUUCAGCCAGGACCAACCCGAUCUGCGAAAGCUUGCUGCUAGCAGCGCCGGGUCUGCUGCUCACAACCAGAUCGGUGGGGGUGACUUCAAAAGUACGGGUGCGAGACAGCCAGAGGACGUCCUCGAGACGGUCGGCAGGAGUACCGGAACGGAAAGCGGUACAGGUGCAGUAGGUGCAGGCGAGAUUGAGGUCGGAAGGGACGCAAGCACCACUCGCACUGCUUAA